UGUCUCUCUCUUAUCUCUCGAGAGAGUCGGCGACACAAACUACGAACAACCGGAAAUCAGUGGAUUCACCGGGAACCAUCAGAUUUUGCCGGCUAAAACUGGAGGGUUUUGGUUGAGGAAGAAGAUGCCCACUCCGAUCGACUUAAACCGGAAGACUUGACGCUUCUGUUCUCACGACGAUGAACCUCCUUAUGCAACAACGACGACGGCUUAGUCUUCUGAUGGCGUAAAGCGGACGGCGAGAUCCACUGGGAGACGAAUCGGACAGAGAAGAAGUAUUUUGGAGCAAUGGAGACUGAUAGAGAAGAUGGAAGAACAUAAGCAUCAGCUUAGACCACUUGCUUGUUCCCGUAACAUCCUUCAUCGUCCUCAUGGUUCUGCUAGCUGGUCGCAAGGUUUUAUUAGACAGAGAGGUAUCAUGGACUUUCGAGGAAAUGUAUCUGACGAAACAAACGUUUCAAGUAAAGCGAUACGAAGGAAGGUGAAGAACACUUUGGCCAUAGCGUUAACGAAAUUUAAGAUUGAAAGUUAUAACUUAGUUGACCUUGAUAAGGUAUUAAAUGAUGUCUACUGCUCUUUUCGACCGGUUUCUGCUUAUUACGAUAUUAGGAAGGAAUUGGUGAGAAGCCUUAAUGAUAUGACUGUUGAUAUUUAUGGUGAUUCAGAAGAGAAGAGCCAUGUCCUUGAGGCGUAUGGGUCUUUUGUGAUGGAUAUGUAUACCUCUCAGAGUGAUUUGGAUGUUUCUAUUAACUUUGUUAACGGAACAUCUGAAGUUACUCGUGAAAAGAAGAUCCAGAUACUUGAAAGAUUUGCUGAAAAGCUCCGCUCUUUGGAGGGAGAAGGGCAUGUUAGGAAUGUUGAAUCUAUGGAACCUAAAGCAGGAACAAAGAAGAAGAAAAUGCUGAGAAGAUUCUCUUACUUGAGAGUGCAAUCAUCAACUUGACAUUGGGAGUGGAUUCUCUUACUUGAGAAGGUUUUUGCGGAGACAUGAAGAUACUUCGAUGUCACGUGAAGGGAAACAAGUAGCGAGUGCAAUAUCUAAAAUAGGCAAUCCGUGAAUGUUCUUGUCUGUUAGUGUCUUUUAGUAUGGCUUUUAGUAGUAGAAUCCCGUGAAUGUUGCUUCUCUUUCGGAUCUGUGUUGUGGUGUUUAGUCCACCUUUUGUAAGGUUUGUAAGACUUUUCAACCCGUGAAUGGGUGUUGAUUUGGUCGAAUGCUUGUAUCUCAACCCGUGAAUGGGUUUUGUUUUUGUUUGGUUUUGUGUCUAA